GAGCCGCUUAGAAAAAUUCUUAAUGAUAGGGUAACAUAAUUGGCGCUUCCAGCAAUGACUGUAAAUUUUGCAACUGGGCACAAUAAACACCAAAUGCAAAAAACACAAUCUGAAUAUCUUCAAAUCUAUACAGGGGAUAUGAGACUUAAAGAGAUGGCCGUAUCUUGAUAAUGGAAAACUUUUUUUUUUUUCUUAUUCAGAUGCCUCUAGGCUGGAUGAUGACUGACUAGGUAACACACAGAAUUUUGGAUAAUUGAAUGACUGAUCUGAUGAGGCAGAUGAUGGCUUGAAGCCAGUGUGAGUUAUGGAAUAGAAAACAAAAUGGUAUUUCAUUUCAGUAUAUGUACAAGUUCUGGGCACUGAAUCCAUGUAAGGAGAUGUUACUGCUUUAUUAUUAAGGAUACAACUCAGGAGCAGCCAAAUGGAAGAGCCAUGUAGGACAGGGUAUGGGGGAAGGAGCACUUCCACGCCCACUCUGGACGUGUUACCCUUCCAGCACCUUGAUGUGUUCAGCAACUGGGAAGCACUAACCUUGUUUUCUUUUUUUUUUUUUAACAGAUUUUAUUUUAGAAUUCUCUAUUAUUUCUCAGAGUAUGUUUUUUUUGUGUGUGUGUUUUGGUUUUUGUUUUAAAGACAUUAACCAGUCUUUUGAUGGUCUUUGAAAAAGUGGGUUCCACAGGAUAAUUUUGAGAAGAAGCUGCAUACCAUAUCCCUUUCCCACUUGGUGAUUAACCAUAAACAUCAACUUUCAUCAGCUUAAUAAAGGCUCAGGGAAAUAAUAUUACCACUAACAAUUUAACAUUAGUACUUAGUAUUUUGAGGCUCUGUUCUAGCAAUCCCACAUAUAUUACAAGUCUGUCUUCUGCAAUUACCUCCUUUUGUUUACAGAUGAGAAAAUUGAGGUCCACAUUGGUAAAAUAACAUGCCCAAAGUUACUAACAUGGCUUAGCAGGUAGAAGAGCCAGGACUCCAUCUCAGAUAAACUGGCUCCGGAGGAUUUUCAAGCACUACAUUGUACUAUUUGUAACUGGAAAGAAGACUGGUUUAGUGUUUAGUGCAACAUUUCUCAAGCUUGUUUAACAAUGGAAGCUCAUUGUCUUUCAAUAUUUUAUAGGGAUUAGUUUUCCAUGGAGUUAACUGGGAAGUGUUGUCUUGAGCCAGCCUGCGCUGGUGCAGUCUCUUAAACACCAUUAUUUUGGAAUAGAACUUUUUUUUUUUUUUAAACUUGGUUCUCUGUUCCUAAUAUUAAGUGUUAUAUUUAUUUAUUUAUUUGUUAUUUUUAAAUGUUAUUGAAAGACUAAUACUUUGACUUCAAGGCAUUUUAUAUUGUCUUUUACAAUGACCUUCCUAGGAAUUUUUAAAAGGUCAACAUCAUUCUACACUACUUUCGAGGUACUAAAACAGUUUAUAAUCCAAAUCACUAUUUUACUGUGCUUUCUGUACAAGAUAAGAAACUGACAGCUUUUUAGUGCUAUGGAACAUGAUGGUAACUGACCUCUUUCUUGAGUUUCAACCUUGGUUCUGCCUCUUUACAGGCUAUAUGGCCUUAGAAAAGUCACUUCAUUUCUCAAAACUUCUUUCCUCUAAAAGACAAGGUUAAUAUCUUACAGGGUGGCUGUGAGAAUCGAAUGAGAAAAUUUCAUGUAAUGUCUGGCACAUAGAAAGCUCACGACAAAUGGUAAUUGCUCUCAACUCUAUACCAUGAAUGAAUUGCAAAAAUAGUUGGAAAAGAAAGGUCAAUUUUAAUUUGAACUGCCUCUGUUACGCUGACAUCAGCUACAUUUCUGAUAAAGUGAUGUUGUCCUGAUACAGGUUGAUGGGAGUUAAAACCAGUUUCCUUCCGGCUUUCCAACUGACAUAAUAAGCAAAACCUGACUGGGCAAACAUAGACCUAUUUAUUAGAUCACUUAUUAUUAAUGUUAAACUAGCUCUGGUGCUGACUUAUCCUGUUCUUUUUGAAAUUUCAUUGUUGUCAUUUAAAAUCUGCCAGACCUUCAGAAGCUUCACAGAAUGCUAAAGGGUUUAAUCCAUCCUCCAGAACAUGCGAAGUUUAUUUUCCAAAGUGGUCCUCUACAUCCAGCAGUAUGUUCAAAAUCAUGCACGUAGGACAGAAUUCGCUUCCAUUUUUACAUUUGCUGGAGGUUUGUUCAAUCUUCCUGGCAGUCAACUUUGGAGUUUAGGGGGCAGUACUUAACACAUCUAACCAAAGCAUGAGUAAUUACUGAAAACAAAACUAUUAAAGGAAAAAUCUAUUGAGAUUUUGCAAUUUCCAAUGACUUACUCCUUAAGCAAAAAGAAAAUGGGUUUGUUUUGAGCUGUAUGUGGGGGGAUCUCUAGUAUUCUAUCCUAAGUGCUUCUUCUAGCCCUGAUAUCUAGUAAGCACUCAGUAAAUACUUCUUGAUGGACUGAAUUUGAUUUCUAAUCCCAAUUUUGUGCCUUGCGACUUCUGUAAACUUGGACCUUCUUGAACCUUCUAAGCUUCAGUUUCAUCUUAUGUAAAAAAUGAGGUACCAAUAUUUGUGUCCCAGGAUUGUUGUUAACAAUGAAGUGUUCAUGCAUUUAAAAUAGCCAGCCCAGGGAUGCCUGGUGGCUCAGUUAAGUAUCUGCCUUCGGUUCAGGUCAUGAUCCCAGGGUGCUGGGAUCGAGUCCCGCAUUGGGUUCCUUGCUCAGCGGGAACCUGCUUCUCUUUCUGCCUGCCGCUCCCAGUUUGUGCUCUCUCUGACAAAUAAAUAAGUAAAUAAAAUCUUAAAAAAAAAUAGCUGGCACAGCACGUGGCACCAUAGUGGGCACUCAGUGCAUUGCACGUUCUCCCAGACACUUCACUUUGUUCUUCAAUAAUAUUCUCUUCAAGCACAUUUCAAGCACUUUCUCAUUCUCUAAACACUUUGAAGCCAUGUUCAAGAGAGAAUAUGAGUGUUUGCCAAUUAAACUGAAAAUACAUUCCUUUGUAGCCAAAACUUGGAAUGUUUCAGCAAAACCGAGUGUAUCCCUGACAGACCUUGGUUUGAAUUCUGGCUUUACAACUGAGUAUGUUAUGACCUUAGGAGACCUACGUGAAAGGGUUGGAAGCCUUGGUGUUUGAGUAGACAAGAGAAGACUGAAAAGUACAGAAGGAGUCACUAGUUGGCUAACAUGGGCCUGAGCAUCGAUGACACGGUCACUUCUACAAGAGCUUGAAGAGAGAGCCUCAAGUCUCAGUUUUUUAUUUUCUCUCCCUUCCGGUUGGGGCCUUCUAUUUUGGUCUUGGGAAUUGGGUUCACAGUUGAAGGAAGGAGGCCCCAAAGAAGCUAUGAGUGGAGGAUCUCAAGUCCACAUUUUCUGGGGUGCUCCGGUUGGUCCAUUGAACACGACAGUAUCAACGGAACCAACUUCUUUAAUGUCUCCUGAGAACCCCUGGAAAAAAAUUCAGCUCUUAUACGACCAACAUUCUUUACAUCUGAGGGAUGAAAACUGCACGCAUGAAACUCUUGAAGACUGUCCAGUUCUAGAAGCUCAUGGCCCUCUAGAUUUUCCUAGUGCUCAGUUUUUAACAAACCCUAUGGGUGAACCUAUUCAUGUGAAAGAAGACUCUAUAGAUUGUAUUUCUGAAACACAGACUGUAAAAUCCCAGGAGAGUCCCCCUUUAGGAGUGAGAGAGAGAACCAGCUCUGAUGUGCAAAUAUGUGGGUUUAAGGGCAAAGUUCAGCAUUUAACAGAAGAAGAAAAGUUUCAAAAUCUUCUCAGUGAAAAUAAGAAAAUUGCAGAUGGGCAGCAUAAAGAUCAGUCAAAUACAUGUGGUCGGAACUUUCAGAAAAACUUCUUUCAGUUAGAUCGUAAGUGUGCAGCUACGCUAGAUUUGGUCUGUAGUAUGGAAAAGAUUAAUGUGGGGCUGGGAGCGAUUGAAAUGAAGUGUGGGCCAACAGAGCAUCAUGAGGUACAAAACCAGGGUCUGGAGUUCUUUUCCUCUGACACAGAAGAUAAGCCAAGGUCCGAAGCUGUUAGAAAGGUCGCAGACCUUAAAAUAUCUACGGAUACUGAAUUUCUUACUAUAAUGACCUCCAGCCAGGUUGCUUUUUUAUCUCAAAGGAAGUCUAAAGGACAGAAUUUUAUCAAUAAAGGGCCUGUAAGCGAACCAAAGGCAAGUCAUAGGGAAAUAAGAAUACUUGAAGAUAAUUUGACUCAGCCUAAUGAUGACUUUGCAGGAGGAUGUGAAAGUGGACAAAAUCAAGCACAUUCCCUUGAACUCUUUAGUCCUGUUUGUCCUGAGGCAAAAAGUAGCGACACUCACAUGAAGUCUGAUAAAAGUCUCGAAGAAAAUAGAGGACCUCAAGCACUGUUCAAUUUUGAAGACAAACUGCCACCCAGUGAUGUAUGUAUCGAGUCAUAUAGCUCAGGAAUGCUGUGUUCCCAACUAAAUACCUUCCACAAAAGUUCUGUUAAAAGAAGUUGGACCUCUGAAGACAAGUUGGGCCAUUCCAAAGCUCUGUCUAAAGUCCUCCAACCAUCCAAGAAAAUUAAGUUGGUCUCUGAUGCAGGAGAACCUACUGCAACAAUGGACCAGAGGAAUGCGUCUAAAUUUAAGGGGAUUAAAAAAACAUCAUUAAUACAAAAUUGUGAUUCUAAGAGUCAGAAGUAUAAUUGUUUAGUCAUGGUAUUAUCUCCAUGUCACGUGAAAGAAAUAAGUAUAAAAUCUGGACCAAAUUCCGGCUCUAAAGUGCCUUUAGGAACAAUUGUGGUAACGGACCAGUCAGGAAUUAAGAAGAAGGUCUCUCUGUGGAGGGCUGCAGCAUUUUGGGCACUUAUAGUAUUUCCUGGAGAUAUAAUUUUGCUUACAGAUGUUACUGUUUAUGAAGAUCACUGGGUUGGUGAGACAGUACUACAGUCAACAUUUACCAGUCAGUUAUUAAAUCUUGGGAGUUACUCAUCUGUCCAGUCUGAAGAGUACUCCAAUGUAGUUGAUGACGUUGUACUUCGAGACUUACUGGCAUAUGUGUCUUCAAAACACUCCUAUCUCAGGGAUCUUCCUCGGAGGCAGCCUCAGAAGGUGAACAGUAUAGAAUUUGUAGAUUUGGAGCAACUACAGCCGGACGCAUUGGUCCACGCAGUGCUGAGAGUUGUUGAUAUCACUGUGCUGACAGAGGCCUUAUACAGUUAUAGAGGACAGAAGCAAAGGAAAGUUAUGUUAACAGUGGAACAGGCCCAAGGUCAACAUUAUGUGCUUGUGUUAUGGGGUCCUGGAGCAGCCUGGUACCCUCAACUUCAAAGGAAAAAAGAUUAUAUUUGGGAAUUUAAAUAUCUUUUUGUUCAGCGCAAUGACAUCCUAGAAAGCCUAGAAUUGCAUACAACAUUUUGGUCAUCCUGUGAGUGCCUGUUUGACGAUGAUAUAAGGGCAAUUACAUUUAAAGCAAAAUUUCAAAAAAGCAUGCCCUCCUUUGUGAAGAUGUCAGAUUUAGCAACACACCUGGAGGAUAAGCGUUCAGGAGUGAUUCUAAUCAAAGCCCAGAUUUUAGAGUUAGUGAUUCCUAUCCCAGCAGCUCAGAAGAUAGCUCUAAAUGCCCGCAGCUCUCUGAGGAGCAUCUUCUCUUCUCUUCCGGACAUUGUAUAUACUGGCUGUGCAAAAUGCGGAUUGGAACUGGAAACAGACAAGAACAAGAUCUAUAAACAGUGUUAUAGCUGCUUGCCAUUUACUCUGAAGAAGUUAUACUACAGGCCAGCUGUAAUGACCAUAGCUGAUGGAAUAUAUAAGGUUUGCAUCCACGUAGGAUCAAAGCUGAUUGAGAAGAUUCUUCUCAACAUUUCUCCUGACUGGCUCAACAGAGUUAUAGCACCUCCCUCAGAGAUCACCUAUGCCAUGGUGGCCGCCGACUUGAUCCACUCGCUGGUGGCCGGCGGCGGCGCCCCUUGCGCGGUGAAGGCGCAGAGCCUCUUCGUGUUGGAUGAGAACAGCUGCCCGCUGCAACAAGAGUUCUCCCUACUGGAUUUUUAUCCCGACAGUGGCAAGCCUGUACCCAGUGCCCUCCUCUGAGACCGGAGGGGGAAGUGGCAGGUACUUCAAGGAAGAUGGCUGAACUGAUUUGCCUUUUCGAGAGAAAUGAAUGACAGGGCUUUACCUGGGCGUUAAAAAAAAAAAAAAAAAAAAAAAAAAAAAAAAAAUAUAUAUAUAUAUAUAUAUAUAUAAUAUGUAUAUAUAUUAAAAUAUAUUAUAUUUAUAUAUAUAUUUUUAUAAAGAGAAUUGUAUUAAAUAUAUAAAUUAAAACUUUUUUUCUAGGAACAUUCUGUGAGGUGUUCUGUCUGUUGUUUGGUCUUUUCCUUUCCUGCUUCUAGAGGAAGUAUCUGGCAAUAAAGGCCAUAUGUAGCACCUCCCUGGGAAGCUCACUCUGUUGGUCCCUGCUCCAUUCCAGCGCUCUACUAAGGACCCAGGACACAGACAAAAGACAUUUCCUCGGGAGUGGCUUUCUGUCAUGCUCACAAACUCUCAGCGCUUUCCCUUUAAUAAACUGUCAAUGUGAAAUGAUUUCCUCGGUUAUAAUUAUACAUGGUAAUGGGUUAGUUUGUAUAAGACUGUGUUUAGACAAGUUCAAGACAAGCAUGUCUUUCUAUAAAGAAGCAAUGAAAAUGAAGGAAACAGAUCCUGCUUUAACUCGUUUUAUAAAACGUGGAAGAGUCAUGUUGUUAGUUCAUUUCUAGGAUCUCAGUGCCUUACUGAGUUUACUUAUUAACAAACAUUUAGUGAUUUGUUCUCCCAUUAGGAUUAUAGAAGAAGCCCGUAUAAAAUAGUAGUCACUGAUGAGGAAAUGUGGAAGGGCGCCUAACCUGGAAGUCUGGAGUAUGCUGAGGGUUAAUAGGUUAAAAAUAUUGCUUGAAAAAAACUAAAUUCGUGACCAAAUGGACAUGUUUGUUUUACCAUACAUGUGCUUUUAAAAAUUAUUUUGGUUCAUUGUACUUGUUUUCUCUAAUUUAGGGAUGCUUUUUUUUUUAACUUGAACCUCAGGAGUUUUGUGAUUCUCCCAAAAAUAAUAUGUAAAAAUGUGUGUGAGAGUGCACACACACACAAGUACAUCUUUCUAUGGAGGAGGUCAGUCAUUCUCAGCAAAUCCUCAGAAGGAUCCUUGACCAAAAAAGGCGAGGGAGGUGGGGUAGGAACAAGCGCUCUACUUGGUGAGUUAAUUCCUGGGGAAGGAAGGGAUUAAGUCAAAUGAUUGCCUGCACCCAGUAAGGUGGGUAGAAAAAGAGUUGUCCCCGUGUUGUACGUAGAGAAACAAGAUAGUUGGCUCUCCCAGAUAAUUCACGUGAUGGGUGACGAAUCUCAAGCCCAGAGCUGAUGUCUUCUAAGCCAUGCUCUUUCAACUAUAAGCACAGUAGAAGCAAAUCUGGAAUUCUGAUAUAAAAUUUGCCAGUCAGUGUAAGCCUACCAAGAGCGCUGUUCUCUUAAACUUGCCUUCCCCACUUUGUCCUCAAGAUGCGGCCUAAUCCUUUUAUCAACCAAAACACAGCCCCCUGGAAUAGACGGCUCUUCACACCCUUUUGGGAAGAAGUCUCUAAGCCAUUUUAAGUGAGACCAAGAGCACCAGGUCACACCAAUAUCUCUUCACAGAUUUUGGUCCAUAGUUCAUAGGUUAACCCAUAUUUCUGGAACCCUUAUUUGGGCUGAAAAUAACUUCCUUCUGUCCUGAGGAAAUUAUCAUGUAUUUAAUUUAAACUGCCAUAGCUCCCAGGUGAUUCCUUACCCAUGAUGUACAGGUAAGUAUAUUUAACCUACUCCACAAAUUUUUAUAAAAAUCAGGUAGCCUAAGAAUGUCAGCCAAUCCAGCAGUCUUAUGUCUGGCAGACAUUUUAGGUAAAUCGCAUUUUUUAUCUGACAGUUCAGCUGAGAGGGACAGUUCUCAGGUCUUAAGUUGUUUACAACUAGUCUUCCAUUAAUUUAGGUUUACCUGAAUGGGUGACCACAGGCUGUUAACAUGGCUUUCUUAGAAGAAAAUAUCUCUACUUUCUCAGAACAACAUAGAGUGAAACAGAAAAUGUGCCAUCCCUGUGUCUUUCAUUUUAAAUGAUGAAUUUGUGUCCUGGAUGGUCUCGAGAUGGUGCGAUAUGGUUCCCAAAUCGGAACAAUUAGAAUAAAGUGUUCAUCUUUUCUGAGACUUUAACCCUAGCCCCUGUUUUAAGGCCAAUAGGGUGAGAAAUAGGUGAGAGGGAGGAGGUUUGCCAGUUAGUUGUUAUUCUGUCUUUGGGGGUCUUAAACCUGGUUCGUCAUCAGGAAGUGAACUCCACCCACUCAAGGAAUACAUUUGCUAAGGGUGAGCUGUCUGCUUCCAAGACAUCUCUCCCUUUGCUCCCACUUGGCGGCCUGGGGCUGGAGGAGGGCAUGAACUGGCAGUGAGACCACUUCUCCCCAGUCCCUUCCCUGUCCCCCAAGGCCCAGCUCCUGCAGGGACUGAGGGCAGGGAGGAAACAGGACAGGGGACAAGGGUUUCAUGACAAACCAGCUCCCAUCAUGGUCCUCUCUUGGGGGGAUCCUGACUGCCGGUGCCUUCUGAACAGCAAGCACCCAAUGCUGCUCUUUCUAGAACACGUGCUGGAGUUCUUCGGAGGGCUUCUCCUUCUUACACAGCAUCUGCACCGUUUCUUGUCAGGGGAGAUCAUGCUCCUGCCUCAUCUCUUCCACCCCUCAACUCCCUCCAGAUGUCAGCUCUUCUCUUCACCCCAACUUCUCUCUCUGACUCACUUCACUCCACGCCCAGAUGUGCACAAGGCAGCAGGUCAGCAAAUUCUCUGCAUAACUGGACAGCAGACAAACUGAGGGAUUGCCCUUAUUUACAUAAUGUGUGUAGUGCAAUUUAAGUUAUGUAACAUUGUGAUCAUACCGUGUGGAAGAAUCUCACCAAAAUGAUAUCAUGAUUACUCUGGGUGGGGAACUGGGGCCUGGUUUUACUUUCUCCUUUAUGAUUGUUUUUAUCUGAUGGAAUUACUAGGAAAAUUUCCCUAAUUUCUGAAGAACACAAAUUCCCUAUAUUAAAAAGAUUACUUACCAAAUAUAGAAAAAGGUAAUAUGGUUUUGAUCACAGAAAUUAACACCACCUACUAGAUGUAGAUACUUCAUGGGGUGGCAGCCAAGCCCACAAUGAUACCGCUUCUCUGGUCCAUGUCUAUAUUUGGUUUGAUUCCUUGGCAAAAACCGAUUACUCACAGACAGUAGGAUACCUGACUCAAGCUGGGCCAAUCAGAUUGUUUUUUCCAGAGUUAAAUUAAGAUUUAUGCAGAGUAAAAAAAAAAAAAAAGAUUUAUGCAGAGUAAAAUGCACAGAUCUUAAAUGUACAGUGUGCUGAAUUUUUUUUUUUUAAGAUUUAUUUAUUUAUUUAUUUGAGAGCGAGAGACUGAGAGAGAGAGAGCACAUGAGAGGGGGGAGCGUCGGAGGGAGAAGCAGACUCCCUGCCAAGCAGGGAGCCCGAUGUGGGACUCGAUCCCGGGACUCCAGGAUCAUGACCUGAGCCGAAGGCAGUCGCUUAACCAACUGAGCCACCCAGGCGCCCCAGUGUGCUGAAUUUUGACAAAUAUAUACAUUCAUGUAGCCAAUACUACCAUCAAAAUUUAGGUUUCCAUCUCUCUAAAAAUUUCCCUCAUUUCCACUUCCAGUCAAUCCCCGCCCAUACAGGCAACCACUUUUCUGAUUUCGAUCAUCACAGAUUAGUUUUUUCUGCUCUGGAACUUCAUAUAAAUAAAAUCAUGUGGUUUAUAUUCCUUUGUGACUUGCUUUUUUCACACAACAGUGUUUUUUUUGAGAUUCAUCCAGAUUUUUAUGUGACUCGGUAGUUCGUUCUUUUUAUUAGUGAAUAAUAUGCCAGUGUAUGAAUAUAUUACAUUAUCUAUUUUCUGAUCAAAGGUCAUUUGGGUUGUUUCCAGUUUGGGGCUGUUAUGAAUAGUUGCUAUGAACAUCCUUUUUGCAAGUCUUGCUGUGGACAUAUGUUUUCAGUUUGGGGUAUGGGGGGGAGCGAUAAAUACCUGUGACUGAGAUAGCUGGUUUAUAGGGUAGGUAUAUAUUUCAUUUCAUAAGAAACUGCCGAACAGCACUCCAAAGUUGUACAACUUUACACACAAGCCAUGUAUGAGGGUCCCAGUUGUUCUGCUUUGCCACAAUUUGGAGGGGCCAAUCAUUUUUACAUAGCCAUUCUACUGGGUCUGAAGAGAUAGCUCACGGUUUUAGUUUGUGUUUCUCUGAUGACUAAUGCUGUUGAGCAACUUUUCAUGUGCUUAUUUGUUGUCUAUGCAUCUUCAUUUGUGGACCAUAGAAGUGUUCCUUUAUUUUAUUGGGUUGUUUGUCUUUUUUUACUGAUCAUAAAAGCCAGAUAUGUGUAUUAUUAAUAUUUUUGAAGUGCCUGUUCAGCAUUAAAAAUGAUGGCCACAUGAUUUCAGGAGAAAAAAAGAAUGUGUA